GAAGCAAACAACGGCUUUCAAAUUCUCGUUUGGACUAAAUUGUUCUUUGACGACUUGCUUAUAUAAAUAGCUUGAUAGAGCCUCCACUCCAAGCCACGAAAGUUUCUGUUUGAGUGCGUCUCUCAGUAAGUUGUCGCUGACAUUUUUUCUUCCCAAGUUUUCAGAUCCAAAUUCUGUGUGUGAAAAGCAUUAAAGAGAGAAACACCCAAGAAUCAACAUUGUUCUUUUAUGUUAAUGUCUGUAACAAAACAGACUUUGGUGAAGUACUUAUCCUUAUACAAUUGCUAAUUAUAGCAAUUUCUGAGAUAUAGUUAUUUUUGGUAAAGUACUCUUCUUCAACUUUUAUUAAGAGACCAGCUUUCUUUUAUCGUUACAGAAUCUGCGGAGUUCUACUUCUCUCUCUCUCUCUCUCAGGUAUAGGUUGAGAUCAAAAGAAAUACAUCAUGUUGGGCAGGUUAUCGCCUCGUAGGAACCUGAGAUCCAAAGGAUUUAAGGUGAAGCAUGCUCUCCAGAUAUGCCUUUUGCUUGGAGUUUGCAUCUGGCUGCUUUACCAAGUCAGGCAUUCUCGUGAUAAGAAAGCAGGAUCAUUUGUUGAGAGUGCAAAAACUGGGAAUGGAAUCUUGAAGUUGGGGAGAAAAGAUCUUCAUCCUCAAGUGGAAGAGACUGCCAUUAGAGAUGCAAGGCACAAGGAAGACGAAGAUGUGGAAGAAACCAAUAAUGAAGAACAAAACAGGCCUGAAGAAAUUGAUAAUGUAGGAAAAGUGGAUGCAAAUGAUGAGACAGAUGUACAUGACAAGGACAAAGUUGAAGAGGAAGCAGAGCAUAAAAUGGAUUCAGAAGAUGGAGUGAAAGAGAAGGAAGAGAGCCGAGAUAAGGAGACUGAAGAGAGCAAUGAGAAGGAAAGAGAAGAUAAGGAGUUUGAAGAGCGCAAAGAGCUGAAUGAAGAGAAGGAGAAUGAGGAGAUCUAUAAGAAGAAACAAGAAAACAUGGAAUUUGAAGAGAGCAAAGAGAAGGAAAGUGAAAACAAGAAGUUUGAAGAGAGCAGAGAGAAGGGAGAUGAAGAAAUUAGAGAAAAGGAUAGUGAAGAGAGCAGUGAGAAGGAAAGUGCAGAGAGCAAAGAUAAGCAAAAUGAAGAUAAGGAGAAUGAAGAUAACAAAGAAAAAAUAACUGAGGAUAAUGGAAGUGUGGAGGGGAGUCAAGGGGGAAAUAAUAAAGAGGAGAGGGAAGAGAGGAAUGAGCCUGGUAGUACAGAGAAAGAAGGUAAGAUAGAGGAGCUGGGUUCAUCUGAAGGUCAGGUUCAAGAUGGAAUUGAUAGGCAGAAUGAGGCAAGAGAAGAACAGUACAAGGGGGAUGAUGCUUCUAGUGCUGUUGUACAUGAAAAUCAAAAUAUAACAAAUGAGCAAAGCAGUUGGGAAAAUUCAAAGGAUGCAGAACAAGUCAAAAACAGAGAAAAGAAAGAUUUUGAGCUGGAGAAUAAAACAAAUAGCAGUGAAGUAGUUGAUCUCAAUCACAAUGAGUCAGACAAGAAUGUGAGAGAAACUGAAAAUUUUGAGAAGAAUGACUCAACAAAUGCAACUAGCAGUGAAGAUGGUGGUAACAAGAGUAAUCAGCCAGAGUCAGAGAAUGGUUCCAAUGCUAGUUCAAAUGAUACAGUCCCUACUGGAGAUGACUCUACCCUGCAAAAUGUUGUACUACAACAAACUGAUAAUUCUGAAUCAGGCUCAGCAGCCAAUAGCAAGCAACAAGAUUCAAGUGGAACACCUUCUACAACAAUGGAGAAUGGUGAUGCAGGUAAUGGAGAAUCCAGAAAUACUUCUACUAAUGCUGAUUCUGCUGUGCCAGAUACGCAGACCGAUGGGUCCAAUGUAUCUGUUGAGACAGAAAACAAAUCUGAACAUUCAGUCAUGCAUGGAAACAAUGAUAUCAUUCAGACUGUAAAGCCCAACGGUGAUUCUGGACUAGAGGGGACACAAAAUGUUGUUUUGUCAUCAAGCACAAAUGACAAUGUGGACAAUGGUCACAAGGAACAAGUUGAUUCUUCAGAUUCUACAUUCCAACAAGAGAAUCACUAUGCUGAUCAAAGCAACACAAAUGGCCAAAAAGAACCAGAUAAUUCUUCCGAUUCUUCAAUUCCUCAAGAGAAAGACUCGUCCUCAAAUACAGAUACCAAUGCUGAUGCAGGAAAGAAUGAAAAUGAGAAUGUUCAAAGCAACAAAAAUGACAGUGAAGGUGCAAGCCAAAAAGAAUCAGUUGAUUCCCAGGAAGAGAGAGAGGCAUCAUCAAACACAAAUAGUGACAGCAAUGGUAGCCAGAAUGAUCAAGUUGAUUCUUCUAUCCUUCAAGAAGAGAAAGGUGCUCGUACGGAUUUGGAAACUUUGCCAGAGACCAGAACUGAAGGGAAUCACAACAGUGAGACAGCUGCAGAGUGACAUUUUUCUUGGAAUUGACUGUAGCAAUCUUUACACGUUCGUUUAUGUCAGUUUUUGUUUUCUUCUUUCUACCUGAGGUCCUCAAGCGGGUACCGUUCUUUGCUUGUGCUCAAUGUCUAAGAAAUAAUAUCUAAGUUUUGUGGGACAAGUUCAGAAGAGAAGAAUUUAGGUUCCCAAUGGCAAUAUGUAAUUUGUUACCAUUUUAUUUAGUGCAAAUUGAUUCUAUGAAUGUUGCAUGGAA